AUGGUCACGAUUGGCGGUGGCAUAUCGGCGAUGAAUCUGGCGUAUGAAGUGCAGUAUGGGUAUGAGGGGAAGAGCUUGGAGGAUGUGGUGGAGCAUUGCGUUUAUGAGAAGGAUGAGGUGCUGGGUGGGACGUGGUGGGUUAAUACGUACCCUGGGGUUGCUUGCGAUGUGCCGGCGCAUAUAUAUACAUUCCCGUUCGAGCCCAAUCCAGACUGGUCCGCGUUCUACGCCGGAGGCAAGGAGAUCCACGACUACUUCACCCGCACCGUGAAGAAGUACAAUCUCGAUCGCGACGUCAAGACCUCGCACCGCAUCAUCCACGCAGAAUUCGAUGAGCAUGAGGGCAUAUGGAAUCUCAAAGUGCAGCACAAAGACACGGUUUUCGACGACUGGUGCAACAUCCUCGUCAGCGCUACGGGUUUCCUCUCACACUGGAAGUGGCCGGACAUCCCGGGUCUCCAUGACUUCGAGGGUUUGAAAGUGCAUUCCGCGGCUUGGGACGACUCGUACGAUUAUGCGAAUAAGAGGAUCGCGAUGAUCGGGAAUGGGAGCUCGGCGAUUCAGAUCAUGCCCGAGCUGGCGAAAAGCGCGCAGCAUGUGACGAAUUUUAUCAGGAAUCCGACGUGGAUUACGCCGGGCUUGGGCAGUGCGGUGAUUGAUGGGAAGGUGAACAAGUUAUAUAGUGAGGAGGAGAAGAGGAGGUUUAGAGAAGACCCCGAGGCACUGAAGGCGCAUCGGAAGGAGAUUCAGCACGGAAGCAACAAGGCCUUCGCUAUGUUCGAGAAAGACUCCCCCGCCCAAAAAGCCGCCUUCAAAGCAACAUCUCAAAUGAUGCUCUCCCGCCUCAACAACAACAAACCCCUCGCCGCAAAACUAACCCCAGCCUGGGAAGUCGGCUGCCGCCGCGCAACCCCCGGCCCCGGCUAUCUCGAAGCCUUCACCCAGCCCAACGUCUCCCUCGUCACAGACCCGAUCUCGCGCAUCUCCCGCACCGGCAUCGUAACCGCAGACGGCACGCACCACGCCUUCGACGCCCUCAUCUGCGCCACCGGCUUCGACGUCUCCCACCGCCCUCCCUUCCCCGUGCUCGGCCUCAACCGCCUCUCCCUCGCAGACCACUGGGCCGACGAGCCGCUGUCCUACCUCUCGGUCGCGUGCCCGCACUUCCCCAACCUGUUCUUCUUCUCGGGGCCGAAUGCGCCCGUGGGCCACGGCUCGCUCAUGGCCGCGCUGUCGUGGACGGCGGUCUAUAUCGCGCGGUGGGUCCGCAAGAUUGCCGCCGAGGAUAUCAAGUUUGUGGUGCCGACGCCCGAGGCGACGGAGCAGUUUAAUGCGUAUGGGGACGAGGUUAUGGAGAGACUGGUGUGGACGGGCGGGUGUCGCAGUUGGUAUAAGAAUAAUCGCGUGGAGGGACGGGUUACUGCUGUUUGGCAGGGGAGCGCGAUCGGAUAUAAGGAGACGAUUGAGAGUUUGCGGCCGGAGGACUUUCGGAUAAAGUGGCGGACCAGGAAUAGGUUCCGGUGGAUGGGGAAUGGGCGGACGAAGAUUGAGGGCGAACCCGGGGCGGACCUUGCUUUCUAUUUGAAGAAGUAAAAGUGAGGUCGAGAGGCAUGCUGCCGCCAGCCCGCCAGGGCAGGUAUACGCAGUCAGUGUCCUAGAAAUAGCGAAUGGAACGCGUCGAAGGGAUAGCGGCCCGCAUCUGCUUUGUCCGUCGGGCUCGUAGUAUACCAUACCAUACCAUACCGCAUCUGAGAGUAAG